UUAAAUAACUUUGAAGUUGUAAAAAAUUAUCAUGGAUUCUAAGCUCUUGUUGAUCUUCCUUGUUUCGGCGGUGGUGAUGGUAGUCCAGUCGACCGCCUUCGACGGGGCCAACUGGGGUCGUCUCACCGACCUUGGCGUUGAAGAGGAAAUGCAUGGUGGGAAGAAUAUGAUGAUGAAGUCAAGCAGUGGGCGUCGACAGCUUGAAGGUGCUGCGAUUAUCAGCUAUGCAGCCCUAAGUGCAGAUACUGUUCCGUGCAGCAAUCGUGGUACAUCUUAUUACAAUUGUGAGACUGGCGCUAAGAAUCCUUACAACCGUGGCUGCAGCUCCAUUGCUGAUUGCAGCUGAAUGGAUGAUCGAUGUCAUCUUCGCCAAGGGACUUUGCCAAAAAUUAGAAGAAAUUAGAGUUUAUGUUUAACAUUAGGGCAUUUUGGCUUUUAAAAGCUGAUUUUGAGUUCUAAAAGUUAGAUGUAUUUGUUUUUUAAAUUAUUUAAUAAAAUUAGAUUAUGAAA